GUGUUUAGGAUUAAACCAGGUCAGCACUGACACUCCGGUGCGCUCGCGCUCUCACUGCCGUGAACGAAAGUAAACCCCCACGCGCGCAGUCUGUGUGUGUGCGCGUGCGCGCGAGCUUGGAACCGCACUGACCCUCGCGCGCGCCGGAACACCGACAUAUGUUCAUUUGAAAGUUUCUCAUGAAUCAGGACUGAGUUUACUGAGGACCUUUGCUCCAGCUCGAGCGGAAGAUUGAACCGGAAGUGUGGAACAGGUGAUUACAGGGCACAGGGCAGAGCGAUACACACAUUCCUGUAGGCUGAGACAGUUGGGAAGUUGACGGGUUCAACAGGUCCGGGGAGCUUCACAAACUCAGAAGACACAAUGGACACACAGAAGAGCCAAUGGGAGCGGGGCAGGACUCCACCCUGGCUGGCCCGGCGAGCUGAUGGUAGGAGCGCCGCCUCCUCAGGGGCGGAGUCAGACUCAGAGGGCAGCAGCACUGAAAGCGAGAGGUUGAGUACUGAUAUGCAUCCUGUCACCUGUCCGAGAACGAGGGGCGGAGCUGUUCUUCGUCCUCCUCAUCCUCAGUCUCUGACCAGACGAACGGGUGUCAACUCCAAGGCUCUGACCGCACAGCGGCGAAUCACAGAGCUCGAUCAGCAGAAGGAGGAGCUAAAGAUAGAGCUGCACUUGGAGAUUGCACUGCUACAGGGUGAGCUGCAGACAGAGAGAGAGCAACUGCGCAAACACAUGGAACAGCUGCAGACGCUGCAGGAGUCCAGACAGAAACCAACGAUUAAUAGCACGCAGCAGGAGCGAGUAAAGCUGGAGAAGGAGAGGCUGAGGGUGGAGGACAUGAAGAUGAGAUGGACAGAGAGAGAAAAACUCCUCACUCAGACAGACGGACAGAGAGACACAGACACACUGCUGCAGAUACAACAGGAGAAAGAGGCAUUGGACAAUGCAGUCAAAGCAUUUGAGGACUGGGAGUUUAGUGUCCUCGAGAUGGAAAGCGGCGUUGAGGAGGAGAAGACGGAGGGAGAAAACGAGAGAGAAAUCAGCCGAGAACAACAUGCCAUCAACACAGCACAGGAGCGUGUGAGACAGUUGGAGCAGCAGCUGAAGGAGAUGGAGAGAGAAAAGGAAAUUGAAAUGAGUUCAUUGAGAGAGGAGAAGAGAGAACUCCUGCAUCAAACACACCAGAUUUUGAAAGAGAACAAGGUUGUUACUGCUUGGUCCAAUAUCACUGGCUCCGCCUCCAGCAUGGCAUCACCGUCACCACUGACCAACCACAAAGCAGCGCAGGAUGUGUCGAGUUCGACACGGAGACGGAGCUCACACCGAAAAGUCGCGGAGCGGCCGAUGUCAGUGCAGGGACUGAUGAGGAAUCCCGACACUCCUCCUCUUCCUCACUCCAGACACAGACUCAGUAACGGAAAUGCUAACACUAACGGCUUCCACACACCAACUACCAGCAGCUGCAGCUCCCGGGCGGCCAGCCCAAGUAUGCGUCUGGUCGACCUCGUGGAGAUUGAGAGGAAACUACGGGAAGCUAAAGCAGAGAGAGAACGGCUACUGAAAGAGAGGGAGGAGAGGAGACGUCUCACUGUAGAGGACAGACAGAAUGAGUCGGACGACACAAACACACAACACACACACCUGAACACACAACACACACACCUGAACACACCUACACAUAAACACCUGCAGACACAGCUACACACAGACACACUCUCAGAGAAAGAGCCUAAAGAGAGCCACGCCCAGGACUCACCUGAGCCCUUCUUCACUGUGUUGUACUCUGAGGUGUGUGAUGAUGGGCGUGUCCUCCAGCAGCACAGUGUCCCUCUGUUCCUAACGGCGAACUUUGACCUUCGGGCUCAUGUGGAGUAUCUGGGUCACGGCGUUGCGGGGUGUCUGGGCGUUCAGUUGUCGCCACGGCGAUGUUGCGGUUUCCUGACGAAGCGAGGCGGCCGGGUGAAGACGUGGAGGAGGAGAUGGUUCGUCUUCGACAUGGACCAUCGCAGACUGGCGUAUUACACCGAUCAGGAGGAGAGGAAGCUGAAGGGUGUGAUCUACUUCCAGGCCGUAGAGGAAGUUUAUUAUGAUCAUCUCCGAACGGCGACUACGUCUCCUCGGCCAAGCCUGACCUUCUGCGUGAAGACGUACGAGCGUCUGUUUUUCCUCGUGGCUCCGAGUGCCGAGAGCAUGCGCAUCUGGAUGGACGUGAUUGUAUCUGCAACAGAUGAACACAGCCGCUACUGAACACAGUCUCACGCGCACACACACACGCACGCACGUGGAGGAGGUGGUGAUUGGUCUUCCCUGAUGAUGGCACAGACACGGAGUUCACCUCGGGUUCACACUCAACCCAAUCCCUCAGUCUGUGUGGAGAGACUCUGUUAUUAACAUUCGUUCUUCACUGUAGGGAAUAAGGGGACAUGUGGGAUUUGAUAGACAUGGUAGUUUACACACACACACACACACACACACACACACACACACACACACACACACACACAGGUAUGUUUACUCCACUUUUUUCCCUCAGAUCAAACCGGCAUGAACUUUAUAACAGUGUAACAUUCAUACAUAUUGUAAAUGUUUUUAAAAAAAGUUAAAAUAUGGUCUAAUGCAUUUAAUUUGAGGUAUUUUGACCUGUCUGAUGAGCGUCAUAUCUAAGAUUUGAUCAUGCGCCCGACAGGAAGUGACGUGUGGAGGAGGAUCUUGUUCCAGUGUGUUAAUAUCAAUCAGGUUUAUGGGAAUAUGUCAGUUAUAACAUGUUUAUAAGCAUAUGUUCAGUAUGCUAACUGCUAAUUGAGGGUGUGUUAUUUAUCUCUCUCCGUGUGGGAAACCUGCUUAAUUAUGUUUUCUGUUCCUAACUCACCCAUUGCCCAUUGAUUCCAAGUCCAUAACUUACAGAACACACAAUGUUAAUGUUGCACUGUACACGUCAAGAGCACAAUUUACCCAUAAUGCACUGCUGCAGUUUGUGAUGCAGUUUCUUUGUGAGAAAGAUGGGGGCGCUGUGAGAACAGCAGUGAGGCUGCUGCCAUCUAGUGGUCACUUUCAGGGACUGAUUAGAACUACACACUACAUUUAACAUUUUACUUUAUUUAUUUCCUAAUUACAGUUUAGUAUCAACGUUAAGGUGUAAAUGUUUUUCUAUUAAAUAGAAAAAAAUUAAUGAAA